AUGUCGGUUCGCCCAGAGCGCUACGGCCACCCCCUGCCCACCCUCCUUCUGUACACACUCACGUCCAUCGCCCUCGCCCUGAUCGCCCAACCCCUCCUCCCCGUCGUCCUCCCCUCGCAUCUCCUCCAACAUUUCAACUUACCCCCUCCACCCGCUUUCCCAGCUCUGCAAGCAUGCCUCGGCUUCUCCAUCCUGACCUUUGUGGGAUCUCUGGUUGCUGUACCGGCUGUGAGCGCGGCAUUGAUGGCGAAGGGGAUACAGGGGAGGGAUUUGCUCAAGCCCGGAGGAAGGGUGUCGGGGCCUAUGAUUCCUGAAUGCCUCGGGCUGCCAAUAGCUUGCCUAUACAUUCUGCUCAUGAUGCUCUUCAUCCCUUUCCCCUUCUCGCACAUGUUCAACUCGGGCCGGAAAGGUCAGAUCGAGAAGUCAGUUGGGCGAGAGUGCUUCCCUACAAGCGAACUGACGCUCUACCUCUCCUCCCUCCUCUCAUUAAUGGUCGCUACCCUCCUGGGCUUCAUCGAUGACCUCUUCGACAUUCGAUGGCGCCACAAGCUGCCUAUCCCGCUGAUAGCGGCCAUUCCUACCCUGGUGGUAUACUACUCGGAGGGAGGGCUGACUUCCGUCGUCCUGCCAAAAGGAGUGGGAAGGUGGAUUGAAACUCUGGGCUGGGGGGGAUGGGUAGGAUCCAAAGUCAUCGACUUGGGUCCCCUCUACUACAUCUACCUCCUCCUCCUCCCGACAUUUACCACCAACAGCAUCAACAUCCUCGCAGGUGUGAACGGCGUCGAAUGUAUCCAGGCCCUCAUCAUCGCCGCUUCCGUACUGCUGAACGACCUCCUCUUCCUCCCUCUCUGGCCACGAUGGCUCCUUGUCGCUCUGGGCGGGAUAGGCGAUCCUGAUGCUGGCAAGAUCCUGGCGUUCGCGGGCGGAGAGAUGGUCCAGCGGCAUCUGAUGAGUGCGUACUUUAUGGGGCCGAUGGUGGGUGUCUGUGCGGGGUUUUUGUGGCAUAACUGGUACCCCGCGAAAGCAUUCCCAGGGGACACCUUCUGCUAUUUCACCGGAAUGGCAUUCUCCGCCGUCGCCCUCCAGGGACACUUUAGCAAGACGCUCAUCCUCUUCUUUGUGCCUCAGAUCUUCAACUUUAUACUGUCCUGCCCACAGCUAUUCCACCUGGUCGAAUGCCCAAGACAUCGACUGCCUCACUAUGAGACCGGCACGAAUCUGCUUCAUCCUUCCCGGGUCAUCUUCGCCAAGCGCCCGGCGGCGCACACUCGCCUCGUCCUGUCCGUCCUGGAGAUACUAGGUCUAGUUCGACUAGAACGGGCCGCCGAGUCUCCCUCCCCGUCGACGUCCGAAGGCUCGGUCGAACGAGCGUGGACAGCGCAAAAAGGCGAUAUUGUCUCCUCGACAAACCUCACUAUCCUCAAUUUCUUGCUGGUGCGUCUGGGGCCGAUGCGCGAGGAUACGCUUUGUAGCGUGAUGGGCGGUGUACAGGUCGGGUGUAGUGCGCUGGCGUUCUGGGUGCGGUAUGGGCUGGGCGCGUGGGUAUAUGGUGGGGAUAGACGAUAG